AUUAAUUCUUUUCUAGAUUAUUUAUUACUUUCCCAUAAAGUUUCUCCAUAACAGGUAUCACUCAAUCGUCAUCAUUCACUUUAUUUUUAUGUUUUAUUUACCAAAAUUAAAGCUCCAUGUUCUUCCUUGCAUAUAAACAAUGUGAACUCCACCUUAGGUACAACUAGCAUUUAUCCCAAUUUUUGUAUACAUUCUUUCUCUUUCACCUUCUUUCAAGGCUCCACUUUUAUAAUUCCGUGUACAUUUCUUCAUCAAAGAUAUCAAACUUGUUCUCUAUCUCUCUUUUUACAUACUCUGCAAAUAUCAUAUAUUCUUCCACAAUCCUCAUCUGAGAGGUUUUUAAUUUUGUUCCUGACAAUGUUUUUAGUAGUUUUUUCUUGUUAAUUUUCAGAAUGAUUUACUAACAGGUUUCUGAUCCAAGGUUUAAGAUGGUGUAGUUUCCUUGAAUUCUCAUCUGGGUUCAACCUGUUUGAUGUUUUGACUGAAUCAGUCUGAAUCAGCUGUGAUUGUCUGAUAAAAAUCAAAAAUUCAAUUUUUUUUUUUCUUGUUGCUUUCGUCACAAUACUUGGAUUUGAGAAACUGGGGACAUGGGUUCUUGUCUAACUAAAGAUUCAGAACCAGAACGCAAUGGUUACAGACAUGCUGCGACAGGUGGUGUGCACACCCAGAAGACUCACGAACCUUUGGUCAACCAAUCAAGAGUUCCUGCAAAUCAACCAUAUCAUAUACAGGAAAAGCAUACUGCAUCCACUGCUCAGACAGUGCCUCAGAUACCAUGGAAGCCUUCUGGUCCUGCCCCCAGUCCUAAACCUGUGGCUAGUGUUAAGCAAGACACAAUUCUAGGGAAGCAAUUUGAAGAUGUGAAGCAGUUCUACACACUUGGAAAGGAAUUGGGUAGAGGGCAAUUUGGGGUGACAUAUCUUUGCACUGAGAAUUCAACUGGGAUUCAGUAUGCCUGCAAGUCUAUUUCUAAGAGGAAACUUGUGAGUAAAUCUGAUAAGGAGGAUAUAAAGAGGGAGAUUCAGAUUAUGCAGCAUUUGAGUGGGCAACCCAACAUUGUUGAGUUCAAAGGGGCUUAUGAGGAUAGGCAAUCAGUUCAUGUUGUGAUGGAGCUGUGCGCUGGUGGGGAGCUUUUUGAUAGGAUUAUCGCCAAGGGGCAUUACAGUGAGAGGGCUGCUGCUUCAAUAUGCAGACAAAUUGUAAAUGUAGUUCAUAUCUGCCAUUUCAUGGGUGUGAUGCAUAGGGAUCUGAAGCCAGAGAAUUUCUUGUUAUCUAGUAGGGAUGAAAAUGCACUACUCAAGGCAACAGAUUUUGGUUUAUCCGUUUUCAUUGAAGAAGGAAAGGUAUAUCGGGAUAUAGUUGGUAGUGCUUACUAUGUUGCUCCUGAAGUUCUGCGGCGCAGAUGUGGGAAAGAAAUAGAUAUAUGGAGUGCAGGAGUCAUAUUAUAUAUCUUACUUAGUGGCGUCCCUCCAUUUUGGGCUGAGUCUGAGAAGGGAAUAUUUGAUGCCAUACUGGAAGGUCACAUUGAUUUUGAAAGUCAACCAUGGCCAAACAUUUCAAACAGUGCCAAGGAUCUGGUUCGUAAGAUGCUCAUACAGGAUCCAAAGAAACGUAUAACCUCUGCUCAAGUUCUUGAGCACCCAUGGAUUAAAGAUGGAAAUGCUCCAGACAAGCCAAUAGACAGUGCAGUCCUUUCCAGAAUGAAGCAAUUCAGAGCAAUGAAUAAACUAAAGAAACUUGCCCUCAAGGUCAUUGCUGAGAAUAUGUCUGCAGAAGAGAUCCAAGGUUUGAAGGCAAUGUUUACAAAUAUGGACACUGACAAGAGUGGUACAAUCACCUAUGAAGAACUAAAGGCGGGAUUGCAAAGACUUGGCUCAAAGCUUACAGAAGCUGAAGUGAAACAGCUUAUGGAUGCUGCUGACGUAGAUGGAAAUGGCUCAAUUGACUACAUAGAAUUCAUCACUGCUACUAUGCAUAGACACAAGUUAGAAAGAGAUGACCAACUCUUCAAGGCCUUCCAAUAUUUUGAUAAAGACAACAGUGGGUAUAUUACAAGAGAUGAGCUGGAAUCAGCCAUGAAAGAAUAUGGUAUGGGUGAUGAUGCCACAAUCAAGGAAAUCAUAUCUGAAGUUGAUACUAUUAUCUCUGAAGUGGACACGGAUCAUGAUGGUAGAAUCAACUAUGAAGAAUUCUCUGCAAUGAUGAAGAGUGGAAACCAACAAGGCAGGCUAUUCUAAAGCACACCAUCUAACCAGUCUGAGGGUCUGGUUUCCAAGAUCCCUCUUGGUUAAUAGGUUUAUUUAUACCACUGAGAAGUACUUCCAAAAGUUGGUAUUACUCAUUGGCAUGUAAAGCUUCCGUUUAGAAUGUUUGAUUUACAAUGCUUCACAUGACCGUUAAUCUACUUCCUGUUUCAUUUUUGGUUU